UGUGCUUCUUUGCCUUAUUUUGCAGAACGGUGGGUACCGAUGGAUGUGGCCGAGAGCCCUGACAGGGACCCUCGCUCUCCAGAGGACGAAGAAGAGGAACAGCCAAGUCUCUCAGAUGAUGACAUUCUGAGGGAAAGCGGAUCUGAACAGGAUUUGGACGGAGCUGGGGGGAAGGCUUCUGACUUGGAGGAUGAGGAAAAUGCUGGCCCAGGGCUGAGCCAGGAGGAAGAGGAGAGUCACUCUGACCAGGAGGACCAGGACUCAGAGGCUCAGACAUUGAGCAGGGAUCCAGCCAGCCCCCCUCGGGCAGAGGAGCAGGACGCAGGGGAGGAAGACCACACCAGUGACCUGAGGGACGAGGCCUCCUCGGUCACCAGGGAACUGGAUGAGCAUGAACUAGAUUAUGAUGAGGAGGUCCCUGAGGAGCCAGUGCCCACUGCACAGGAUGAUGAGGUUGAGAAGGCUGGGGGCGAGGAGGAUGAGGACAAGGGAGAAGGUGCUCCAGGGGAGGAGGGCCAGGCAGGUGCACUUAGCGUGGAAGACAAGGAGCCCCUGGAGCCUGGCAAGGAGAAAAAAAAAGAGGAUGAUGACGGGGAAAUCGAUGAUGGGGAGAUCGAUGAUGAUGAUCUAGAAGAGGGUGAGGUGAAGGAUCCCAGUGACAGGAAGGUGAGGCCUCGCCCCACCUGCCGAUUCUUCAUGAAAGAUGUUGUGACACCAUUAUCCACUCUUCUUCCACCAAUACCAAAUUCCAUACCAUUCAGAGGCCAGGUUAAAGGCAACUGCACCUGGGGGAUGAAUUGCAGGUUUAUACACCCUGGUGUGAACGACAAGGGCAACUACUCCCUAAUCACCAAAGCCGAGCCUUUCCCGCCCAACGGGGCCCCGCCUCUUGGACCACACCCACUGAUGCCUGCUAACCCUUGGGGAGGGCCAGUAGUUGAUGAGAUUUUGCCUCCACCCCCUCCAGAACCCCCAACAGAAAGUGCCUGGGAACGAGGACUCCGGCAUGCAAAGGAGGUUUUAAAAAAAGCAACCAUUCGAAAAGAACAAGAGCCUGAUUUUGAGGAGAAAAGGUUCACGGUGACCAUUGGGGAAGAUGAACGGGAGUUUGACAAAGAAAAUGAAGGCUUCCGGGACUGGAAUUACCGGAUCACAAGAGAUGUCAGAGAUGCAACACUUGAACCAUAUGCUGAUCCUUACUAUGACUAUGAAGUGGAGCGUUUCUGGCGAGGGGGCCAGUAUGAGAACUUCAGGGUGCAGUACACGGAGGCAGAGCCGUACCAUAACUAUCGAGAAAGGGAACGAGAACGAGAGAACCGUCAACGGGAGCGGGAGCGGGAGCGGGAAAGGGACCGAGAGCGGGAACGCCGCCAAAGAGAGCGGGAACGGGAGCGGGAACGAGAGCGUGACAAGGACCGGCAGCGGAGGAAGGAGGAGUGGGAGAGAGAGCGUGCCAAGAGGGACGAGAAGGACAGACAGCACCGGGAUCGGGACCGUGAGAAGGAGCGGGAAAAGGAGAAAGAGAAGCCAAAACCCCGCUCCCCACAGCCACCCAGCCGUCAAGCUGAGCCACCAAAGAAGGAGGCUGCCUCUGCAGGGCCCCAGGUGAAACGAGCAGAUGAAUGGAAGGACCCUUGGCGCCGGUCUAAGUCUCCCAAGAAGAAACUUGGAUUGUCUGUCUCUCCGAGCCGAGCACGAAGGCGUCGAAAAACAUCAGCCUCAUCAGCCUCUGCUUCCAAUUCCUCUAGAUCAUCUUCAAGGUCCUCAUCCUACUCUGGCUCUGGCUCAUCACGGUCACGGUCACGGUCUUCGUCUUACAGCUCCUACUCCAGCCGUUCUUCCAGACACAGUUCUUUCUCAGGCAGCCGGUCCAGGUCCCGGUCCUUCUCCUCAUCCCCAUCCCCAUCCCCAACACCUUCCCCACACAGACCUGUCAGAAACAAAGGGGAGCUGGCCCCACCUCCUGGGAAAGCAGGAGAGAAAUCAGUAAAGAAGCCAGCCCCACCUCCUGCACCCCCACAAGCCCCCAAAACCACUGCUCCUGCUCCUGAGCCUACCAAACCAGGAGAACCCCGGGAAGCCAGGAGGAAGGAGCGACAGACCCGAACCCCCCCCAGAAGACGGACCCUCAGCGGCAGUGGCAGUGGCAGCAGCUACAGUGGCUCCAGCUCCAGAUCCAGGUCGCUGAGUGUGAGCAGUGUGUCCUCGGUUUCCAGCGCCACAUCUAGCAGCAGCUCGGUGCACAGCGUGGACUCAGAUGACAUGUACGCAGACCUGGCCAGCCCCGUGUCCUCAGCCAGCUCGCGGUCCCCCACCCCAGCCCAGACCAAGAAGGAGAAAGGAAAAUCUAAAAAAGAAGAUGGUAUUAAAGAGGAGAAGCGGAAAAGGGAUUCAUCCACGCAGCCACCCAAAUCCUCAAAGCCUUCCACAGGUGGAAAAGCCUCCCAGCAGCCCACCCCACCCCAGCAGGUGCCCCCCGGGCAGCCCCAGCAGGGUGCCUUUGUGGCUCACAAGGAGAUUAAGCUAACAUUGCUGAACAAGGCGGCUGAGAAGGGCAGUAGAAAGCGAUACGAGCCCUCAGACAAGGACAGGCAGAGUUCCCCUCCUGCUAAGCGGGCCAACUUGUCCCCUGACCGAGGUUCUCGGGACCGGAAGUCCACUGGGAGACUAGGCUCCCCGAAGCCAGAGCGGCAGAGAGGUCAGAAUUCCAAGGCUCCCGCAGCCCCAGCGGACAGGAAGCGCCAGCUGUCACCCCAGUCGAAGAGCUCCAGCAAGGUCACGAGUGUGCCAGGCAAGGCCUCAGACACAAGCACCACUGCUGGCACGAAAUCAGGGAAGGCCAGCACUUUGUCACGGCGAGAGGAGCUCCUGAAGCAGCUCAAAGCCGUGGAGGAUGCCAUUGCGCGAAAGCGGGCCAAGAUCCCUGGGAAGGUGUAGGCCCAUGCCUCCCCCACCCAAAGUUAGAGACUUGAGUGUUUUUAUAAAUAGGGUAAUAAGCGCAGCCAUUUUGGAUUUUGCAGUUAAUGUCUUAUUUUGGCUGUGCUUCUUUUUAAAAAUUAAAAAAGGAAAAAAAAAGUUUCUCAGCUGGAAAAGAAGCCACACAUGUAAUGAAGAUGAUGCUGAAUCCCAGCCUCCCAACCAGACUGAACCAUCCCUUCCCCAGCAGAAGUACCGAAGACAGACAGGCAGGCAGGCCAGCCAGGCCCGACUUGGUAUAAAUUAUCAGCCCCAGUGUCCCAUACCUCCCACACCCUUCAGUCUGUCCUCUCCAUUCCUGCUGGUCAGCGAGGCACUUCCGCCAUGGUGUCCCGGUGCCACCCUCCUGUGACAACACCAAGUGCUUCGUGGGCUACCGGAGCUCCCCUUUCUUGCCGCCCCAGGAUCAAAAUAGAUAUAUAUUCUUGACUAAAAUCUGAUUGGGAAAUAUUUCCUAUCUUUUAUUUUAAGCAUCAAAUUGUUUUAGUUGAUUUAAAGAGAAAAAAAAAUACAGAAAAGACCAAAAAAAGGCCAAGGGUAUUGUUGGGCGUCUGUCUAAUGUGGAGGUUUUUUUUUUUUUUUUUUUUUUUUUUUUUUUGAGGGGUCUCCUAAAAUAAAAUAUUUUGAUAAGGA